CAGAGCAGAAGUAACACACACACUAAAGCUUAUAAUGAAGAGGUUAUAUUCUAAGGGGAUGAGACUCUCUGAGUUGAUGGAGAAAUGGAGAAAGAGGAAGAAAGGGCAUUUCACUGUUUACACCAAAGAAGGGAAGAGAUUCGUUUUGCCCUUGGAUUAUCUCAACCAUCCGAUCUUACAAGUGUUAUUGGAGAUGGCUGAGGAUGAGUUUGGAACUACCAUUGAUGGUCCUUUAAAGAUUCCUUGCGAUGGGAGUUUAAUGGAUCACGUCAUCAUGCUUGUGAGGAGAAGUAUCUCUCAUAACUAUGAUGAUGAUGAAGUGGGGAAGAAGUCAGAGGAUUGUUCCACGAGCACCUGCAAGGGAGCUUUAAUCUCUUCUCUAAUACCUCUCUUUCGUGGACAUAACCAGCUCCGGUCUUUAGUUUCCUAAUAAUUUGGUGGUUGUGGACUCGAAGGUGUUGUAGAUAUAUACAUGUAAUUUGUUUUUGGUAAUUGGAAUGUAAUGAGUGUAAUCAACCUGAUAUUUGAAAUGAUU